UGAGAAACCAUAAAAGAGGAGAGAGAGGAGGGAGAGAGCGCGAGGGAGAGAGAAAAUAGCCGCGGGAGAGAGAUAGAGAAAAGGGAGUUGCGAAGCUUCACACUGCUUCUUCUUCGUUCGUCCACGGCUGAUUCUAGGGUUUUCCAAAUCCAUCCUUCUCCCCCGUCCAUGUCUUCUUUCUCUUUCAAUUCCCUCUCACCACUCCUCAUUCUCUAAACCCUAAUUUCAACUUUCUAUAUUCCCUCCAUUUCCCCCCUCUAAAUUCGAUACUCCAACCCAAGUUUUUUUGCGUCACACACCAUGGGCGCGCUCGAUAGAUCACACUCCAACUCCAAUUCGAUGCAGCGUGUUAAGGUCUACCGAUUGAAUGAUGAUGGCAAGUGGGAUGACCAAGGAACAGGGCAUGUCACUGUGGACUACGUGGAGAGGUCAGAGGAAUUGGGGCUGUUUGUCAUUGAUGAGGAAGACAAUGAGACUUUACUUCUGCAUCGUAUCAGCUCUGAUGAUAUCUAUAGGAAGCAAGAAGAUACUAUUAUUUCAUGGAGAGAUCCUGAAUAUUCAACAGAGCUAGCACUUAGUUUCCAGGAGGCUACAGGAUGCUCUUUCAUUUGGGAUAAUAUAUGCAACGUACAAAGGAAUCUUCAUUUUAGUAAUCUUAGCAACGAGGCAUUUCAAAGUGUGAAUAGUGAGCUAAAGGAGCUUCCUGCCGUUGAACUAUCUACACUUCCACUAAUACUUAAGACUGUGGUUGAGAGUGGAAUUGCAGAUCAAAUGAGGUUGACAGAACUACUAUUGAAUGACCAAGAUUUUUUCAGAAAGCUGAUGAACCUUUUUCGAGUAUGUGAAGAUUUGGAAAAUACCGAUGGCCUUCACAUGAUAUUUAAAAUCGUUAGAGGAAUUGUUAUGCUCAACAGUCCACAAAUCUUCGAUAAGCUAUUCUGCGAUGAGCUCAUUAUGGAUAUUAUUGGUUCACUUGAGUAUGAUCCUGAGGUUCCACAUACUCAGCAAUUUCGUAAUUUCUUGAAAGAACACGUUGUAUAUAAGGAGGCUAUUCCCAUUAAGGAUCCCCUUGUUCUGUCAAAAAUACAUCAGACAUAUAGAGUUGGCUAUUUAAAGGAUGUUGUUUUGGUGCGAAUGUUGGAUGACUCCAUGGUUGCUAAUCUGAAUUCUAUGAUUCAUGCUAACAAUGCAGCAGUUGUUACUGCAUUGAAGGAAGACAGUACCUUUAUUCAGGAAUUAAUGGCUAGGUUGAGGUCUCCCUCCACAUCUUGUGACUCUAAAAAAGACUUGGUUUAUUUUCUGCAUGAGUUCUGUUGCUUAAGCAAAAGCCUACAAAUGGUGCAACAGCUUAGAUUGUUCAGUUUCUACAGGGACCUUAUGAAUGAAGGUAUCUUUGACAUCAUUACUGAUGUGUUACAGAGUCAAGACAAGAAGCUUGUCUUAACAGGGACAGAUAUCCUCAUUCUUUUCUUGAAUCAGGAUCCAAGUCUUUUGCGUACUCAUGUUGUUCGACAGGAAGGAUUUCCACUCUUAGGACUCUUGGUCAAAGGUAUGGUAACAGAUUUUGGGGACAACAUGCAUUGCCAGUUUCUUGAAAUUCUUCGCAGUCUAUUGGAUACGUAUGCAUUGUCUGGAGUCCAGAGAGAUUCAAUUAUUGAGAUUUUCUAUGAGAAGCAUUUGGGCCAUUUAAUAGAUAUUAUAACAACAUCAUGUCCUACAGAAGGUUUUCAAUCAGCCAAGAAAAUUGAAGGUGCUGGUGGAAGUCUUGGAGAUAAGAAUGGCGUGAAGCCUGAGAUUUUGUCAAACAUAUGCGAAUUACUUUGCUUUUGUGUUCAACAACAUCCAUAUAGAAUAAAGUCUAAUUUUCUCCUAAAUAAUAUGAUAGAUAAAGUGGUUCUAUUAACACGACGGAAGGAAAAAUACUUGGUUGUUGCGGCAGUUCGAUUUAUUCGUACUGUUCUUUCACGGCAUGAUGAACAUCUGAUAAAUUAUUUUAUCAAGAACGGCACUCUCAAACCUAUCAUUGAUGCAUUUGUUGCUAACGGAAGUCGGUAUAAUCUGCUUAAUUCUGCCGUCUUAGAACUUCUCGAGUUUAUUAGGAAGGAAAAUUUGAAGUUAUUGGUUAGAUAUAUUGUUGAUUCCUUCUGGAAUCAGUUGUCCCAAUUCAAAAAUUUGUCUUCCAUUCAAGCUUUAAAAAUUAAAUAUGAGCAGUGCCUUGAGAAUUGUGAAAUGAAAGGCAUUUCGAACACGUCAGAUCCUCGGAAAAAAAAUGAUGAGCGUGCUCCAGAGAAAGAAGAGGAAGACUAUUUCAAUGAGGACAGUGAUGAAGAGGAUACUGCAUCUGUUGCUCCCAAACAGAAUGUUGAGUCUCAACCUGCUCUAUCUAAUGGUGUUACUACAAAUUGCCCAUCAGUAAGUUAUAGGUCAGGUGGUCUAGUUGAUUAUGAUGAUGACGAGGAUGAUGAAGACUACAGACCCCCCCAGAGGAAACAACCUGACACUUCAGACGAAGGCAAUGAAAUGAUGGAAGCACUAAGGCAGAAGCGGAAGUCGGCUCCUCAAGAGGAACCUGAAUUGGUCAAGAAGCAGCGACUGAUCAAGAAGUUGAAGCCUAAAGAUGGUGUAUUUGUUUCUUUGUGUACCACACUGAGUCAGGCCGUCUUACCUGGUACAAAGACAAUGAAAGCUACUACUCAAACCAGUAUGUGUACGUCUUAUGAGAACAAAAGCUUAGGUGAAAAAAAUCAUGAGACAGGUCCUGCUAUUUCCAGCAGCUCUUCCGAUAGUAGUAGCGGCAAUUCUGAUGAGGAAAGUUGCAGGGAAAAGGAAUCUACAGCUUCUAGAAGUUACUCCAACAGUAGUGUCUUGCAUAUCACUUCCGAAAAUCAUCAAUUAGGUGGGGACGACUAUCCACUGAUACCACCAAAUUCCUCGCCCGAAAUGACUGUGAAUGGAUCUUUAAGUUAGUAUUAGCAUCAAUCUUCCUUCUGGUGCUUGCCAAAUUAUUAUGAUAUUUGACUCAUGGAUGUGCUUGGAGGUGAAAAAUACUUGGCUCUGAGACUACACGGAAAGAGAUCAACGCACUCCUGAAAGAAAGUGAAUCAGCAGACUUGGAAUAUAGUUGAUUUUCGGGAUUUCGGUUUCAGCCGAAGAUGAGGACAUCUUACUGUAUAGUGCAACUGAGCAGGGAAGAUUUCUUCUACUCUCUCAAUUUUACCUCUAGCAUUUUACUCUGUAAAACAUUUGGUCGAAUUAAUUUUGCUGGUUAGCAUUGUCACCCUCCUCUCUCUCUGUCUAAAUUUACGCUCUUCUUGCUCCAUUACAACGCUUCCUCUCUUGGGGGAGCAUGGUAUAAUUUAGUUGGUACCAAACUUUGAAAUGGUAUAGAGAAAAGGGCAUAAAAGUUUGCCCUGUACAUUUGUCUUUCUUUUAGUAUAGGGGACUUAGUUCUGAAAGGUAGAGAUGAAUAUAUACAUAUAGUUGAUCGGAGUCCAAAUUUAUUAGAUGUAGAGUUGAAUCUCAUUUAUUGCAACUGUAAAUUAACUUUUAGUGAGUUCACUACCUAGUUUGUUUGUGAAAUUAUUCAUUUUCAAUUUA